AUGUCUAUCAAAUCAGCAAGAGAAGAAGACAUUCAUGUUCCUAUUCCUAAUGAGAUUUACAACUGGAAGAUUGUCUUAGUUGCACUUGUUUCUGCAUCUGCGGCUAUCAUUAUUGGUUAUGACUCGGGUUUCAUUGGAGGUACUGUCUCAUUAGUUAGUUUCCAACAAGAGUUUGGUUUAGAUAAGAUGCUGACAGACGCAAGUACACUUAUCACCGCUAAUGUUGUUUCUGUAUUCCAUGCUGGUGCUUUCUGGGGAUCAUUAAUUAUGUACCCUAUUGGAGAACUUUUAGGUAGAAAGGUUGGAUUAAUUAUUUCGGGGUUCUUGUUAACUUUUGGUGCGGCUAUUACAUUGAUUGCAAACCAAGAUAGAGGAUUAGGUGCUAUUUAUGCUGGUAGAAUCAUCACUGGUAUUGGUAUUGGUGGGUGUUCAGGUUUAGCUCCAAUCUAUAUUUCUGAAAUCAGCCCUUCCUCCAUCAGAGGUAAAUUAGUUGGAUGUUGGGAAUUAUCAUGGCAAAUUGGUGGUAUCGUUGGGUACUGGAUCAAUUACGGUGUCUUAGAAAAUAUUCCAAAUUCUAGAAAACAAUGGAUCAUUCCGUUUGCUAUUCAAUUGGUUCCUUCUGGUAUUUUCUUCGGUUGUUUAUUCUUCAUUCCUGAAUCACCAAGGUAUUUGAUCUCAAGAGGUAAAAUGGCAAAGGCUAAAAAGAACUUAGCGUUCUUAAGAGGUUUACCCGAAGACCACGAAUAUUCCUUACAUGAAAUUAACAUCUUUACCACUGAUAUCGAAGAAAGAAUUGCUAAGAUUGGAAGUGGUUUCUUUGCUCCAAUUGUUGAAAUUUUCACAAACAAGAAAUUAAUUUAUAGAUUAUUCUUAUCCACUGCAUUAUUCCCAAUGCAAAACGGUUCUGGUAUUAAUGCUAUUAACUACUAUUCUCCAACUGUUUUCAAAUCUUUGGGUGUCAGUGGUCCAAACGCUGGUUUAUUAUCUACUGGUAUCUUCGGUAUAUUAAAGGGAUUUGCAUCUGUUAUUUGGAUUUUCUUAGUUGUGGAAAUAAUGGGUCGCCGUACAGCAUUGAUUUGGUUCUCCAUUCCAUGUUCCCUCUGUAUGUGGUACAUUGGUGCAUACAUUAAGAUCUCCGACCCAGCAGCUAGAUUAGCAUCCGGUAAUACUAAGAUGGAUGCCGGUGGUAAGGCAGCUCAAGCUUUGUUGUACAUCUGGACUAUUUUCUACGGGGCUUCAUGGAACGGUACUCCAUGGGUUAUCAAUUCAGAAAUUUUCUCUCAAGAAGUCAGAACAUUUACUCAAGCUGUGAACUCUUCUUCAAACUGGUUUUGGGCCUUCAUUAUGGGUAGAUUUACUGGUAAGGCAUUCGAAGCAACCUCAUUCGGGUUAUACUUCUUAUUUGGUGCUUGUAUGAUAGUUUUCCCUAUCAUCGUUUUCUUCUUCUAUCCUGAAACUAAGGGUGUUCCACUAGAAGCUAUCGACCAUUUGUUCGAAGUCCCAGCUUGGAGAGCAAGAGCAUACGCUUUAGAGAAGUUUGAAAAAGAAUACGAAAAUGGUGAAUUAAUUGAAGAUCAUCAAAUGAAUGCACAUGGUUCUAUUUCUUCAGAAGACGAAAAAGUCGGUGGUGUUCAAGUCAAUAUAACUGACGGGAGUUCAUUAACAACUGAUUCAGUUAACCACAGAACAUGA